AUCAUAAGCCAUAGAUGGGAGCGGAAUCACCUUCAAGCCUGUCUCACUUCUGUCUAGUUCCAAUACAGUCUUUUAAGUCACGUUGUUUGCUCGCGAUCUAGCAGUCUUAUCACCACACCCUUAAAAGCCUACCAAUACUCCACACAGGUAUAUCAUACACUAUUACAGUCUCUACCAAACCCUGUGCCUUUCCUCAGAGAUCAUUUUAUAAUGCACAACUUUUUCGGCGAUGACAACAAUCCUCAGGGCUGCUCUACUACGCAAGGUCUUUUUGGCCCACACCAACCUACCUUCGGUCAGACUCACAGCCAACCCUCUCGAGGCGAUCUAUUCGGUAGUGGCCAGCCUUCUCAACCCAAUCUGUUUGGAGGUCGAUCUGGCCCCGGCUGUAUUUUUGGAAGCAAUGGCGGACCAACUGCCCAACCACAAACAAGACUCUUUGGCAGUAGCUAACCUGCCAAGAGCGGCAGCCUACUUGGUUGCAGUUUAUUCGGCAGUACUCAAUCCUCCGGGGUCAGCCUUUUUAGUGGCCCCGGUGGACAAACUUCCCAGCCCAGUCUCUUCGGUGGUAGUCAACCUUCUGGAAGUGGUCCUUUCGAUGAAUCUCAACCCGCUCCGAGCCUCUCCGGCCCACCUGCUCAAGGCAGCGAUUCCCGGUGCCGAAUUCCUCCAACAGCACCCCAUGUUGAUUCACUGUCUCCUUGUGGCUGAAGUUGAUCGAUCGCGUAACCAGCUCCGGGCAGAAAAAUAUCGUUCAGCGUAUCUUGAGCAAAAGUUACGGGCUGGGCAAGGUCCAAGUCAGUAGCCUUGAUGAAGUGGCGUCAGAAAGGGUGAAGAAGUAUGAUAAAAGAACGACAACCCUAGGUGAGAAAUGCAUACACUGAUUAUGUAAGCUUGUAGGACCAAGGUCGUAGCACAUAUGCGCCUCUCAUGUCGUGGAGAAAGCUGGAUAUGUGAAAACACCUAGUUACAGUCUCCGAAAGCUGUCGACUUACAGGUCUCAUGCAAACAAUCGCUGAAGACCUCCCAUUUUCAGAGCUUGUGUCCGGUCUUUUCCACGAUAUGAGAGGGCGGAUCUUCAUUCUACGUAGCGAAUUAGUAUGCUUCACGGAUUCUGCCACAAUAGCCUCCUCGCUCUCGUUCCCAAUAACAGUGAGAUCUGUAACCC